GGCGGACGAAGCCAACAAGAUUGUAAUUCUUUUUGUUCUUAUAUGUCUCGUAAAAUAUUCCUCUUUCACAAACUUGAUUCCAAAAUGUUCUCUGACUGUAGGAGGGAAGACAUUUAAUGUAACUAGCAGGACGUGGCAGUACAAAAUAGGAGGCUAUACCUACAGCAUAAAUCUCUGCGAGAGCUUAAACCUCCAAGCUCCAUGUACAAAAUCAAGGGUUUGCAAGGAUUCAGGAUCGGCGUUUCACGACUUAGGAGGAAAGGAUUCGAGUAAAAUGACCACGUCUCUUGCUGUAGAUGGGUCGGGAUUUUCACUUGAAUACAGCGAUGGAGUGUGUGACAGGAUUYCUAGUGGUAAAACCUCAACUUUGAUUCAAAUGAAGUGUGGAAAUACCAUGGGCUCACCAAAGCUCAUAGAUGAGUUCACCAAUGAUAAAUGCGUUACAGUGUUUGAGUUUAUAACAAGUGAAGCUUGUAAAAAGCCUCCAGCAGCAGCCGAAGUGCCGUGUUCAUUCUACAAUGGUAUAAGUAAUAAGAAAAUUGACCUGUCGCCACUUAUCAAGGUCACUGGUGGAUAUGAAGUUGUUAGUACCAAUUUCUCUGAGGAUUUCUUCAUUAAUGUCUGUCGUGACAUCACACCAGAGAAGCAAGGCGGUAGUACAUAUGGUUGCCCUAAAGGAAGCUCAUCUUGCAGAACACAAACAUCAGCUAAUCAUGCUGCCGUCACGAUUGGUAAGGUUACAGCUGGAUCAAUGCCAAAGUUGAUGCCGUCAACGGAUCAUGUGGUUAUGGCAUAUAACACUACAAGUACUGUUCCUGGCUGUAGAGGAAACCCAUCAACACAAAUAACAUUUGUCUGCCCCAAGGAUCUUAAUCAAGCAAGCGGUAAAGGUCCUGUCAUGACAUCAGUAGAUAACUGCAUGUACGAGGUAUUCUGGGAGACAGAGUAUGCAUGCCCACAAGAACAGCUACUGUCCAACAACAGCUGUAUCCUGUCAAACGAGUUUGUCCAGUUUGACCUGACUCCAUUACAAAGACCCCCUGGUCAUAAUUACAAGGUUAAUGGAACUGAUAUCAAGUCAUCCAAGGAUUAUUUUUAUUAUAUCAAUGUCUGCCGCUCAACCAACAUCCCAGAUUGUUCUCCCUCAGGUUAUAAUGCAUCAGUCUGCCAAGAAGUCCCAGACACUAACAGCGUAGUAUCCCUAGGCGUGUACUAUGAACAGACUCUAACCUACACUGAUGGCCAGUUGACCCUUAAAUACAAAGGUGGCAAAGUGUGCAGUGAUGGGUUCAAAAGGGAAACUAUCAUCAACUUCAAAUGCAACCCCCUGGCCGACCAAGGGAAUCCAGUGUUCGGUGGAGAGCUGUCUCACUGUGUGUAUUUCUUUGACUGGGAAACAAAGUAUGCCUGUCCCCCCUCUCGACGCACYGGCUCGUCAUGCCGAGUCACUAGUGAUAAGGGAAUCAGGUUUGACAUGUCUGAACUGGUUCGCGUAGACCAGUCUAACUGGUUGGCUAUUGAUGGCGAAACUAGUAGCUCAGACCGUAAGAUUUACCUCAAUGUUUGUGGCAAACUAGCACAGCAGUCUGAGACGUCAAAAUGUGAUGCUGAAGCUGCGGUAUGUUUGGUUAAUAAAGAUGGAUCUGUCAAGAGCUUGGGAAGGUACCUGGAUCCUCCGACGUUGAACUCAGACAAGUCCUUGCAGUUGACCUAUACCAAUGGGGAUGAAUGUAUCAAGGGUGUUCGUAGCAGGACCAAUAUCACGUUUGUAUGUCAUCCAGGUGACUUGACCAGCCCUCCUGUUCUCGUCAGCCAUUCACCAGAUAACUGUGAAUACACGCUUAUGUGGGAAACUGCGGCUGCCUGUUCUCUUGGUGUUAAUGUUGGUGACAAUUGUAAAGUGGAGGAUAAGGAUGCUGGGUAUGUCUUUGACUUGAGCCACAUACCAACCAGACCUUACUUUGAUGGGAAUUUUGCAACCGUCAAACACGAUAAAUAUGACUACUAUUUACAAGUAUGCAAAGCAGCCAAUGAAACGUCCCAAAGACCAUGUUUCAUGAAUGCAAGUGCUUGUCAAAAGGAUUCAUCUGAUAGUAAAAACCCAAAAAUAGUCUCCAUGGGAUUGCCAAACUUGAAGCUCUACUAUUAUGACGGAAUAAUAAGACUGACGUAUAGUGGUGGAGACAAGUGCAGCAACAACAAAGCCAGGGAGACCCAUAUUUCAUUUGUCUGUGACCCCAGAGCUACCCAUAAUGGUGAUGGGUUACCCGAGUAUGACAGGGAGGAACACUGUGUUUAUCAUUUUAGAUGGCCAACCAAGUAUGCUUGUCCUAGCAAGGACACUUCUCCUGCCUAUCAAACCAAAGAUAAAUGCACAUAUAAAUUCCGUUGGGAAACUGCUUCUGCUUGCCUUAUCACCAAUGUCGUGGGCUCAAACUGUUCUGUACAGGACCCCAAGUCAGACACUGUCUUCAAUCUCUUCCCUCUCAACCGAAAAUCUGAUAAUCCCUACGUUAUGAAAACACUAGCUGGAAGGACUUUUCAGUUGAAUAUAUGUGGUAAUCUUCAGGCAAAAGCAUGUGGCCAAGGUAAGGGUGACGUUGCUGUUUGCAUGAACGAAACAAAUGGUAACGUGAUCAACCUUGGAGUUACGAGCCAACAGCUGGCCUUCAUGGGAGAGACGUUGGUCUUAACUUACAGAAAUGGUGACCGUGAUAUAAACAAUGGCUUUCCUAGGAUCACAAAGGUUAGGUUCUAUUGUAACCCUGAAGAGCCCCUUGGUCAGCCGAAGUACAUUGAACAAGCAAGCGAGAAGGAUGGUGAAGUGUUCUACUUUGAUUUCCAGACGUCUCUGGCGUGUUCUGCCAAACAGGUGCAGUGUGCUGUUGUGGGUCCCAGAAAUAAGAAAUAUGAUUUAACACCUUUGGGUUUAAUAAAUGGUAACUGGGAAGCAGUAGACACCCGUGCAGCAUACAGCCAUCUUCACUAUUACAUCAACAUAUGUAAGGCUAUCAAUCCUUCAGCUUCCAAUGACAUCAAGUGUCCAGGAGGUGCCAUAGGUGCUUGUCAGGUGGACCACAAGACAUCCAUGGGACAUAAUCUUGGUUAUAUACAGAGUAAUCCUGUAAUUACGUCUGAUGGUGAGGUAACCAUACGUUACUAUGGUGGAGAUGCUUGUCAUGGUAAAUACAACAGAAGCACAAGAAUCAACCUGUCUUGCUCAAAAACUAUGGGAUCCCCUGUGUUCCGUGGAGAGACCCCUGAGUGUGAGUACAUCUUCCAUUGGGAGACGCCCAGUGCAUGUCCGCUGACCAGUGAAUACGGCACGGGUUGUACAGUGAUUGACAGGCAAUACAACUAUCAGUUUAACUUUUUGUCUUUGAGUGGAAAGGAUUAUAGUGUUUCUGGCCUCCCUGGCGGCGGAACUGUGAAGUUUGACGUGUGUGAGAAGAUCACAGGCACGUCUUGCAAGGGUGAAAACGUUGCAGCCUGUCUGAGUACCGCUGGUGCAYCAGAGGGCACAAUCUUGGGCACGACAUCCAACAACAUAACCUACCUGGACGGGGAACUCUUCAUCUUGUACCGCACAUCAACCUGCUCCUUGAAGGUAACCUUUGAAUGCGACCAGGAAGGCAAAAACAAACAACCAGUCUUCGAGAGUCUGAAGGACACCUGUUACUACAGCAUCCGCUUCCCAACUAUACUGGCAUGCCGACCCUUUGCGCAUGUGCAGUGUAGUCUUCGGCGGGAAAGCAACGAUAAGAUGUCGGAUCUACAGUAUGACUUUACACCUCUGGCAAAGAGAAAUGGAAAUUGGAAGGCAGUGACGUCUUCUUCAUCCAAUACUAGCCCUACUUACUGGAUCAACGUUUGUCAGCCGAUUCACCAGACCGGAGAUGCCAGAUCUUGUCCUCCGACUGCUGGGGUGUGUAAAUAUGAUCCUGUAAAGAAAAGUUAUACAAGUCUUGGAUCGCUUAGAAGUGGUCCAGUUGUAGAAAACAAUAAUAUCUACCUUUGGUACAAAGGUGGAGACCUCUGCACGACAAGUGCUGACAAAACGAUCCAGUCAUCUGCUAAGAUACUGAUGCAAUGUGGUUCGUCGACCGAGUCAUCUCCACAACUCAUCAAUGAAUACUCCAAAACCUGUUUAUACGAGUUUGUCUGGGUUACGAAGUACGCCUGUGCCAUCAACACAGCAAGCGUCAACAUAACAAACGACUGCACUGCUGUCCACCCUCAGACCAAAUACAAAUUUGACCUAAACCCUUUAUCAAGUAAUGGCAUAGAGGUCAAAGAUGAAAGAGGAUAUUAUUAUCUCUUAAGCGUUUGCAAGGUUUUGAACGACAAUAGAGCUAAACCCUGCGGCGCAAGUUCCGGCUCGUGUCAGCUGUCCUACGGAAGUAAAAACGUACACAACAACGCCGGAAACUUCAACAAGCGUCUGUCUUACAACGAUGGUGUGUUGACCCUGAACUACAGUGGAGGGGAUUUAUGUUUCCACUCCAACACACAUCGACAGACGUUGAUUUCGUUCGUUUGUGAUCCCAAGAUGACGAAUGAUCUCGGCAAGCCUGUGUUUGUUGCUGAGACAGAUGACUGUAGUUAUUAUUUCACCUGGCACACCAAGUUGGCUUGUGAGAGAAAGGUUGAGUGCUCUCCCGUGGAAUAUGGAGGUGAUACAAACACCAAGUACAACCUGCAUGACCUGGCCAAUGACCAACAGAACUGGGUGGUGAUGCCCCUGGAUGGCGAUUACAAAGGCUCUACCUUUUACAUCAACAUCUGCCGAUCUCUUGUACCUGUCAGCGGUGUUAACUGUCCAGCAGGAGCUUCAGCUUGUAUGAAAAGUAAAGAUGGCAAGACUGUCCAGAGCCUGGGACGAGCUGUCAGUCCACCAACCGUAAACAAGAACGGAAAGAUUGUCAUCAAGUAUCAAAAUGGCUCAAAUCAGGCCCAGACAACCAUUGAACUGACUUGUAAUCGAGGAUCUCUCGGUAAACCGGUAUUAGUUUCGGUAGACAGCAAGAACUAUGUUUUCAGCUGGGCCACGUUGGCUGCUUGUCCUCAGAAGGAAACUCCUCAGCCUAAUAAAUGCCGUGUUUAUGAUAACAAUACGGAAUACUUCUAUGAUGUCAGCCCUUUGAAAAAAACCCCGAAUAAUUUUAUAUCGCUGACAGCACCAGACGGCUCAAAGGUCUAUGCUUCUGUGUGCGGCAGCCUCGCGAUAAAAGGAUGUAAUGGAGACGGAGCGUGUAAAAUACUUAACAACAAGGCAACAUCUCUCGGCAAAUUCCAGUACAUAAGCAUGGCAUACUUAAAUGAUGAGCAAAUGCUGCUUCUYAAGUACUGCAGUCAAACUUGUACCCAGCAGGGUGCGAAUAAGGUGGUAUCUACGAUAAUGUUUGUUUGUGAUGAGAAUGCCGUCGACCAUGACCAAUAUUCAUUGGACAGUGUUGGGGACGGUGGCGCAAAUAUCAUAUGGAAAACCAAUCUCGUCUGUCCCCCAGCAAGGCAACAAUGUGUCCUCAGUGACAGCGGCUUUUUUUUCGACCUAAAACUUCUCUCAAGCAAAACUAGGAGCUGGCAUUAUACUUCCAGUAAAGGAUACAAGUUUUGGUUGAAUAUUUGUCGAGGGGUUGAAGAUCAGACAGGUUGUCCUCCUUACGCUACUGUUUGUGCUCAACUUGGCGGGAGAGACUCCGAGAUCGUUGCUUUGGGCUACGGCAGAACACAGCAAAUUACAAGAAGCCAUGAAGGCAAUCAGAUACUAGUACGAUACACGGGACAAUCUAACAUCCCUGCCUGCACCAAGAAAGGAAUAUCUGCUGAAGUCACUUUCCAGUUUACUUGUGGAAGGCAUGUUGGAACACCUAAACUUAUCUAUUCCAGUUUUACAGCCUGCUCAUUCACGUUCUCUUGGGCGACUAAAGCUGCCUGUAAAUCAAGACCUAAGGAGCUGAAGAUGUCUGACUGCCAGACGAAACACCCAGUGACAGGUCGUAUCAUAGACUUUAAACAGAUCGAUAAAAGUCCCAAACGCGUCCAAGGAGACAAGGGGCAAGUUUAUUACUUCAGUCUUUGUGGUAAGCUCGGCUCCAGUGCCCCAUCGACGUGCUCUGGUAAAUCCCUAUGUAGAGGAGACCAAGGAUAUAGUGUCUUGUCCAAAACACUUCAUUACGAAGAUUACACCUUCGAGUUGUGGAUCAAAACGACCAGUAAUUGUCCCGCAAGCCCCAAGAAUAAAGAAACAUUUAUUAUUAACUUCCAGUGUUCCGAUAAAAAUGAAAGCCCCGUUUUCGAGUACGCUUCAAGUACGUGCCAUUACGUGUUUUCGUGGUCUACACCGAUAGUCUGUACGAAGGACAAGAGUGGUAACAUAGAUGACAGGACCACAGGAGCUCAGACUGGUUCGUCUUCUGGUAAAAAGGCGGGCAUUGCUGUUGCAGUUAUUUUCACACUACUUGGUGUCGCAGUACUUAUAUUUCUCUUACACAAUCACAGGAGACGAAAUGCACUGCUUGUGUUUGUUCGUUCUAUUGUUAGAAGAAUUCGACGUAAAGGAGGAGUCAAACGCUCAAACGCUGUGUAUAAAUAUCAAAAGAUAACAGUCGAAGACGAAGAGGACAACGAUCUUCUCCUUGGAUUCAGUGACGACGAGGAGGAGCACGAACAUGACCACGAAGAAGACGACGAAGAAAUGCUUACGUUAUGAUAAUGUCAUACAGACAUACAGGCCGAGAUGGACUGGUCCUCAUACCGCUUGGGACUGGUGCCCAGGGUUAAGAGGACUGGUAUCUAGUCAGUGGAGGACUGGGUACAUAAACCGAGAAGAGCCUGGUAACUAGCAUGUGAAGAGAUUAGCAAGACUUACAUCGGCCUUUAAGCAAAAGUUAAGUUUAGUGCACGUUCAUUCACUGAAACCUGUUAGUCACAGAGCAACAGUUUAACCCCUCAGGGGCUCCCAUGGGAGUAUUUUUCCUCACAGUUGUGGUCAAAGUCAUAUUGUGAAGACUUCACGUUCCAGACAUCGCACUGGUUAAGUAUUACUUAUUUGUCAGGGGGGAGGGGUCGGUAAGUAGUUUUCUAAUAAGAUUUUAUUUUCUAGAAAAUUGUUUAGGAAACAAAUUGUGAUAGGGUUUAAUAGUUCGUUUAUAAUUCAAGGGGUAGGGACCAAAGAUAAAAUAGUCCGACAAUUUUACCCAUACCUCCCCUGCUAGUAGUUAAUAGCACGAAAUGAAUUCAGCCAAUCAAUACGUCAAUGACGUCAUAUUUAUAUAAAUACAUUGAUAUAACGAAAAUAUGACGCAAACUUAAAGUCAAGGAUAUGAUUAUCUGUAAAAAAAGUCUAAAAAUGUGUAAAACGACAUGGUUGGGUCUAACCAGUAAAAUCGUACAGGCGUUCCAAUUUGUAAAGCUAGGGAGUUGGGGCGAGGAACAAUGGCAUGGAGCACUUACCCCUAGAUAAUUUCAUCGCACAAGAGAAUACCAGUAUUUUUUUUUUUUUUUUUUUUUGUAUUUCACUGUUUUCUAUUCGUAUUUUUUUAAUUUCAACUUCCUUUGAUUUCAUUGGUACAUCAUUAUUAAGCGAAGUAACCAUUGCAAUCAAUUUGGUUGCACUAUAAGUCAUGAUUAUCAGGAUAAUAUUAACAAUAAUUUAAGUAUUAUUGAAAACGCUUCAUAUGAAUAAUUUAAUUUGUAUGCCGCUUAUUCCAAGAUGGCGCCCGGCCGAGAAAAGCUAGGUCGAAACAAGAGAGCUCGGAAUUUUUAUUAGGGGUUGGUUCACACUUCAACAUAAGCAUUAACAUUAGCAUAAGAAACAUAGUACUAUUGUAAUGCUUAUGCUUAUGCUUAAGUACGUUCGGUUCACACUUUGGAUUUCACAAGCAUAAGCAUAAGCAUAAGAAAAUGGAAAAGUUUCAAUUCCUUAUAAUUUGUGCGAGCUUCACACUUUUCUUACGCUUAAGUUUAUGCUUAUCUUAUUAUCUUAUGUUAAAGUGUGAACCAGCCCUAAAAGUAAGCUUUGCGCAUGCCUUUUAGUGACAUUUGCUAUGACUGUGAAAAGUCACGCCACAUGGCACGGUCAUGGUUUAACCAAUCACAACGCUAGAAAUUACAGCGCUGCAUUUCACGUGAUUUCAAUUGGUAGUCAUUCGAAAAUUACUUCAAUGUAAACUGGUUGGAAAAUUGAAAAUGAUUUCUAAUGCUUUCAUUAAAUAAAGUCUUUGUUAAGAUUC